GAUGCAACUCACAUUGCGCCCCCUCAGGCUGUGGAUAGCUUGACUUCGGUCGAUUCAACGGCCCUCGACUUCCUCGAACGCAUCUUGCAGGCGGACGAAACCGCCUAUCACGAUGCCUAUGCCGCCGCGAUCCUCGCGCCACCCGCUUCUGUGUCUAUCGACUCACCUCAAAUGCACCACCAUUCUGCGGCUGUGUCCUCCACUGCCAUCCCCCCACCGCUACCAUUCGCCGAACAUGGGUCAGCUGAACUCCCGCAAUGCAUCGGUUCGCAAAGGUGA